UGUGUCCUGCCAGAAACAGCUGACUCUGUUUUCGUCUGCGUCGCCUACAUCGAUUUCUUUGUGAGAAUUUGGAAACUUUUUACUCAAUUUCUUGCUACUUUUUUUAUUUGCGGGGGUGUCCAAGAAUCUGUACAUGUAUCUAACUUUUCCGCAGGUACUGGACUGGAUAAUAUAUGUCUGGGGUGCCGAGAAAGCGAGUUCGUAGUUCAAUUCUGGACGAUAUGCUCCAGGAGGAGGACCAAUCUGCAACUUUGGAACACAGUGCACGUAAGGCGAUGAAGUUGCAGAAAGGACGAAGAACAGGGCGGGGAGGAACCCCCAGGAGCUCAACUACUUCUCCUGCUGGGAUGGGGGAGUCAGGGGAGAAUUCAGCAGAAGAAGGAGAGUAUGUUCCAAAUUCAGAUUUGGAUCCGGCCUUCCUAAGGAAAAUCAAGACAAGACGUGAUUUAUCAAAGACGGACCAAGAGGUUGUUAGACUAAUUGGACAGCAUCUCAGUGACUUAGGAUUAAAGAGUGCUAGUGAUGUACUGAUGAAAGAGUCUGGGUGUAGACAGGAUGAUCCCUCUAGUUCCACCUUCAGACACUGUAUCAUGAAAGGGGACUGGGCCGGAGCGGUUAACGUUUUGGAUGAUCUGAAGCAUCAUUUGGAGAGUCCUGACACAGUCAAGGAGAUGAAAUUUAUCAUACUAGAACAAAAAUAUAUUGAAUAUUUACGCGAUGGGAAAACAUUUGAGGCUCUGAAGGUGUUGCAGAUGGAUAUCAGCCCCUUGAACCACAACAUACCCCGGACCCAUCAUCUCUCCUCCCUCCUCAUGCUCCCCAUCAACGGACUGAUAAUAAGUAAUCGACAAUCUGAGAGUAGAAGCCAUAAUUCUCCGUUUACAAACAAUAACUCUGAGUCUGAUCAUCUGCCUAAAAUACUGGACAGGGAAGAGGUGAUGGAGAAACUUCAAUCCUUCCUUCCUCCCAGUGUCAUGUUGCCACCCAGAAGACUCCAGACCCUACUAAGUCAAGCAGUUGCUCAUCAGAAGGAACACUGUAUUUAUCAUAACAGACUCGGAGAUAAUGAACCCCCCAAGGUGUUAUCAGUGGACCAUCAAUGUAGUAAGGAAACCUUCCCAUCAGAGACUCUUCAGGUUUUGAGUGAGCAUGGGGACGAAGUCUGGUUCUGUAAAUGGUCACCAAAUGGAAAGCUCUUAGCAACUGGAAGCAAGGACUGUACAGUAAUUAUCUGGAAGCUUGAUACAAAUACACUCAAACUCAAAAGUGAAAAGGUACUGGAUGGACAUUCUCAUGGAGUCUCCUACUUCUCCUGGUCCCCAGACUCUAGUAAACUGGCAGUAUGUGGGCCCGAGGAGUGCCCAGAUGUUUAUAUCUGGGAUAUAGCUGGAGGAAGAAUAGAGAACAAGAUAUCUCACACCCAAGAGGAUUCUUUAACGACUGUAUCCUGGUCUCCUGAUGGUACAAGGCUAGCUGCAGGGGGGAGCAGGGGUCAGUUUUACCAGUUUGAUUCCCAUGGAAACAUAAACAAUUCAUGGGAAGGUGUACGAGUUCAAGCUUUAGCAUACAGAUCUGACGGUAAACACAUCCUGGCUGCCGAUACACACCAUAGACUCAGAUGUUACAACUUUGAUGAUCUCUCUGACCAGCCAAUUAUUCAGGAGGAUCAAGCUAUUAUGUCUUUCACACUAGACCAGACUGACCGCUACGCGCUGUUGAACAUUGCCAACCAAGGAGCACAUUUGUGGGAUAUCAAGGACCGCUGUCUGGUUCAGAAGUUCAAGGGGAUCACGCAGGGGUUCUACACAAUAUAUUCAAGUUUUGGUGGAUCUAACCAAUCAUUUAUUGCCUCCGGAUCCGAGGAUAUGAAGGUUUAUAUCUACCACGUGGACCGACCUGACCCUAUCCAAGAGCUGAGUGGUCACACUAGAACUGUUUCCUGCGUCUCCUGGAAUCCUGUUUACCACCAGUUAAUUGCUUCUGCCUCUGAUGACAAUACUGUUCGUAUCUGGGGCCCUGCAGAGAAAUACAGAAAUCAAUCAUUCAAGAGACAAUAACUGUCCGUUGUCUCCUUCAAGAGACAAUAAGCUGUCAGUUGUCUCCUUCAAGAGACAAUAAGCUGUCAGUUGUCUCCUUCAAGAGACAAUAAGCACGCACGCUAAACGCGAGCAAAAUAAUAAACUCCAGUCAAUGACUCUUAAGCACGGUGCCAUUAAUCCUUUUGAUUUAAUUGUUUGUAAAUGCGUUUCUUUUUUUAGCGCUUUACCGGGUACAUUUUACAUUUUAUGAUGAACGUUAUUACGUUUUAUAGUGUACGUUCUACGUUUUACGUUUUAUGUUUAACGUUUUACGUCCUACGAUUUAGUUUUUCUUUUUUUGAUGAUUCGAUUUUGUCUCUCUCUCUAGCCCCGUGAUUCCGUGUUUAAGAGUUGUGACUCCAAAUUUUUGAAAUUUAUUUCAGACUUCAAGUGAUGUAAAAUAAAUUUAAGUACAGAUGUGCUACCUUCGUAUUAUAUAGCAUCUAGAAAAUAAUGUAGACAUAAUAAACAAAUGUGGGAUCAGGAGCACUUUUCCUAUACAAAUUAAAGACCCACGUUUUCGUAUAUUUUUUUUUUUUAGUAAAAUUUUAGUUUUAAGUUUUGCUCCCAUUUUUAGUUUUUUUUAGUUUAAUUUGUUCUUAACAAUUCUUUCUAUUCAAGUUAAAAGUGUUGUUGGGAUGCCUUUUACCAUUUUUGUUUAACCAUUGAUUAAAUAGUACUGAUUAAACAUUGUAAAAUUACAUAAAUUUGAUAUGUAAAGAUUUUAUUCCAUUUUCUGCACUAUCGGGAUAGUUUCAUCAAAAUCAGAUGUAUAUUUUUGUUUUCAAGAAUUGGCUACAAAAAAAUUAUUUCUAAACUUGCCUGAAGAACACUCAAAUUGAUUUCAAAAACUUCCCGAAUGGCAGCUAUAAAUUAUGAAUAAAUUAAUACCUUUUGAUUUUUAUUUGUUAAAUUUAA